UGCAUGUGCUUUCAAAAAUCCCCAUCGGCCACCAUUGUUGAAGGCGAUUUUAUUCAAUACUUUGACGAAUUUUUGAUUUUUUGUGAUACUUUACGACGAAAUAUAACAUUUUAAUUAUAAAGGUAUGGUGCGCAUCAUCUAACAAGACGUUACCAAGAGAUUAUCGACUCCAAAAGUGAUUAUUUUCGAAACGUAGAUGCGUUCAAAAUGUCACGCGAAGUGAGCAUCAGAUUCGAGAACACCUUACCAUGCACGAAAUAAAUCUAGAUUUCUUUGAAAUAAGUGGUCAUACAUUGUGAGAGAGUGGAGUUCUCUGUGUGAACUAUUCAUGGGAUGCAGUGGUUAUCAGAAAAUUUAAUGUGCGCACAUGAAAACGUUUCGGAAGUUUCUGUACACGUCGUAAGGGAGCGCAGUUACGCGGGCGAAGGCUUCAAAGUUGCCGGCAUCAUUAUGGUGGACUGAGAGAGUGUUUGUUGUCUGAUUAGUGUUGAGUACGUGUUGUAAACAGUGCCGCGAGGAGCCGCGCACGAUGUCCGGCGGGUCGCAGCACAACCCGAACGGCCGACAGUCGCAGUUGGGCCCCGGUUGGAGCCCUCUGCAGGUGGCAAACUUCCUGGCGCGCGCGCCCCAGGUGCACAUGGCUGCCGAACGCGGCGUCACGUGGCACACGCCGACGCCGCCGCCGCACCUCUACCACGUGCCGGCGCCUUCGCCCCCUGACCCUCUGCAGGAGAUGUUUGCAACGUUGCAGGCGAUGAAAAAUGCCGGCGGCAACUCGGUGUUCCGGCACACCGCCACCCCGCCGGAAUUGUACCGGCACACGCCGACCCCGCCGGAUAAGCACUUGAUGAGACACACCCCUUCGCCGGGCGACGUCAAAUCGGGAGCGUCCAUGCCACAGCCCGAGCUCUACCCACACUUGGGGCCUGGCAGAGACAAGCUAGUCCGGCCCGAGGAUCUGCUGGCAUACGCUCGCGUGGGUGUGGACUUGUCAUUAGCCGGCGCGCGCGCGGCCAACGGCUCGCCCGCGCCGCAUCCAGCCUCGCCCGCGCUGUCUGUACGGGACGCGCCCACCAUCAACAGUCUCAUAGCACGCGCCGCACCGCGCCACGGGCACGCGCGGGUAGACGCGCUGCUGGAGCGGCUCGCGCCCGCGCCCGCCUCCCCGCACUCCGUCAUCGUGCACCCGCGCGCCGCGCCCACGCCCUCCCCGCCCUCCUCCAACGAGGUCAGUGCCCGCGAGGGUAGUACGCUAGCCUCGUCACAGCUGGAGCGGCUCGCGCCCGCGCCCGCCUCCCCGCACUCCGUCAUCGUGCACCCGCGCGCCGCGCCCACGCCCUCCCCGCCCUCCUCCAACGAGGUCAGUGACCGCGAGGGUAGUACGCUAGCCUCGUCACAGCUGGAGCGGCUCGCGCCCGCGCCCGCCUCCCCGCACUCCGUCAUCGUGCACCCGCGCGCCGCGCCCACGCCCUCCCCGCCCUCCUCCAACGAGGUCAGUGACCGCGAGGGUAGUACGCUAGCCUCGUCACAGCUGGAGCGGCUCGCGCCCGCGCCCGCCUCCCCGCACUCCGUCAUCGUGCACCCGCGCGCCGCGCCCACGCCCUCCCCGCCCUCCUCCAACGAGACUAUAGAUGCGCUGCUGGAGCGGCUCGCGCCCGCGCCCGCCUCCCCGCACUCCGUCAUCGUGCACCCGCGCGCCGCGCCCACGCCCUCCCCGCCCUCCUCCAACGAGGAUUCAGCAGACUCCUGCGGCGCGCCGCCCGGCUCGAAAAGGAAACGAAAGCCCGAGCGGACGAUACGCGUCCCAGCCGCCCCCGCGCCGGCCGCGCCUUCCCCGCCGCCCCCGCGCCUCGCCCCGCCCACCCCCACCCCCGAACCCCCCUCCCUACCCGCCCCCCCUCCAGCCGUUGAGCCCCCUCGUCCCCCCGAACCCCCGAAACCAACCGAAAACGGCGAAAUCAAAACGAACGGCCCCGAGAGACCCCCCUCCCCGCCGCCCCCGCCGCAGCAGCCGGCGCGGCCCCCCGCCCGGAGAAAAACCAGAUCAGGCUCCGCGGAAACCAUCGACGACAUCGCCGCCAUGAUCGCGUCCACCGACCGGCCGCCUAUUGACCCGGUUAUCCCACCGGUGUCAACCGAGCCGCCGGUGACGGUCGACAACCUGAAAAGCGUCUUAGCGAGCCCGGAACCGAAACUGGAGCCCGAGAUUCGGCAGUCGCCGCCGCAGAUCGAGGAGAAGCCCCCCGAAGCGCCGCCGGUCGAAGCGGCGGCUGCACCGCGGCGUCGGAACGCUCGGACCUCCAACUCGGAGUCAGCAAACGUCCCAGUGGAGUCUCCGUCGGAAGCUAAGCCAGCUGAACCAGAGCCUGAUGCGCCUACUGCGGAGCCCACGGCUGCCAGCUUCGUGGAAGUGGAAAACCAACUGGAGAAAAUGUUCGCGGGCAUCGAGGAGCCGUCCGCGGACAAGGCAGAUGACGGCAAGCCGCAGACGGCUAAGGCGAAGAAGCGGAGAAAAUCCGCGCCCACCAAAGGCGAGCGCAAAGCGUCCCGGCGCGCCAGCCGAAUGUCGACAGACGAAGGCGGUUUCCGACGCAAAGCCGCACGCAAGAAGGAGGCCGGCAAGAAGAAGGACAACAACAAGGACGCCUACGACUCCGGAUCCAACGCCAGCUCGGGUCGCUCCCGCGGGCCCUACAUACAGAUCCGCGGCCCGCGCGACUCACCCUUAUCCGUGAGCGUGAUCAACGCGUCAACGGGCGAAGAGGAAGAAGCGACGCUGGGCCGGCGCAAGGGCGGCGAAGAAUUCCGCAACGGACUGCGAGCGCGGGGCCUUCACGCUAGCACGCUGGGGCUGCGAUAUGAUGCCACUACACCGGAUGUUACGUGGCUGUGCGUGUUCUGUGAAAGAGGCCCACAUGCAGCUGGACUGGGGGAUUUAUUUGGGCCGUAUACUGUGGAGACAGACUGCGAGGAAUAUAGGUGAGUUGGAAUAUUCAAUUUAGAGCAAUAUUCUAGAUAAAUUCUAGCGCGCUAGGGCUGCGGUAUGAUGCCACGACGCCAGAUGUCACAUGGCUCUGCGUGUUCUGUGAACGGGGCCCUCACGCGGCAGGCUUGGGGGACCUAUUUGGACCGUAUACGGUGGAGACAGA